CGGCCCAGGGAGUCUCCACCCCUUGAGUGGCGCUGCAAGUAGGACAGAGAGAACAGAGCAGAGCAGAAACACAAACCCAGAGCGGUGUGGAAAGAAAAUCAUCAAGAGAAUACAGAGGAGAAAAAGCAAAAAGAGAUUCAUAGUGUGGGUAAAGCUGCUAACUUUCAGUUGUUUCAAGAAAGCUGAAGCUUUCCCGGGAAAGGGCUGACAGCCUCGGGCUCUGACCAGUUAAGCAAGGAGGAGUCUCCUGCACAAAGGACAUUAGCAGAAGAACUUAAAGGAAGAGUUGUGGACAAAUAUCUUGAUGGUAAGGAAACACCCUCUCAGUUUCCUCCAGAUGUAAAAGAGAGUGCUUUAGCUUAUCAAGUUUCUGAGAUUAUCAUGUAAAAGCACAUAUGGAUCCAGGCUGGCAGUUUCCCCAGGAAGACCAGGACAGUUAGACCAGACAGCUGAGAAGCAACAGGUUGAAAAUAUAAUUCAAGAUUUAGAGCUGAUGUGGAAAACACUCAGAAUGGAAGGCAAACUCCCAUGUCUCUUUGUGUUAGUGGGAGCAAUCAUGACUGCCCAGUGCCAGGGCUUACACAUGCGUUUCAAACGAGGAGCCAGAUCUAGAGCCAUCUGCACAGAUAAUUCAUCUGCAGAAAUUUAUCAACACAGGGGGACCUGGCUGAGGCUUUCAGGGAGCAGAAUAGAAUACUGUAGGUGCGACAGUGGUCGGAGUCGCUGCCACACUGUGCCUGUCAGAGCCUGCACUAGAAAUAAAUGCUACAAUGGGGGCCAGUGUUCACAGGCGUAUUAUUCCCCAGAGCUCUUCAUCUGCCAGUGCCACCAAGGUUUCUCAGGGAAGCAGUGUGAAAUAGAUACCGAAGUUAAAUGCUACAAAGACACUGGAGUAACAUAUAGGGGUACCUGGAGCAUGACAGAGAGUGGAACUGAAUGUUUAAACUGGAAUAGCAAUGGCCUGGUGGACUGGAUGUACAGUGGCCAAAGAAAGGAUGCUGCUGAACUGGGAUUGGGCAAUCACAACUAUUGCAGAAACCCGGAUGAGGAUUCCAGACCUUGGUGCUAUGUCUACAAAGGGGGAAGGUACACCUGGGAACACUGCAGCGUGCCCUCCUGUUCAAAAGUUAGGAACAUCGACUGCAGAUCUGGAAGAGGCACAGAUUACCGUGGCAGCCACAGUGUUACCAGUUCUGGAGCUACCUGUUUGAAGUGGAAUUCUCUAAUCCUUGUCAACAAGCUAUACACUGCUUGGAGAAGAGAUGCUUACUGGCUGGGCCUUGGCAGUCACAAUUUCUGCAGGAAUCCUGAUAAUGACAGCAAGCCCUGGUGCCAUGUGCUGAAAGGAAAUCAGCUCACAUGGGAGUACUGCAAUGUGCCUACUUGCUCCACCUGUGGCUUACGGCAGCGCAGAGUACGCCAGUACAGGAUUAAAGGUGGUUCCUACGCAGACAUUGCAGCUCACCCAUGGCAAGCUGCCAUCUUUGUGAAGUAUCACCGAGUGCCUGGAGAGCACUUCCUCUGUGGAGGAAUUCUGAUCAGUUCCUGCUGGGUUUUGUCAGCUGCUCACUGUUUUGAGGAAGGAUUUAGUACAAAUCAGCUGAAGAUUGUGCUGGGUAGGACUUCCCGAGCAACUCCCGAGGAAAACGAACAGAAGUUUCAAGUGAAGAACUACACUGUGCAUCAGAGAUUUAACUCAGAAAAUUUCAACAAUGAUAUUGCUCUGCUGCAAUUGAAGUCAGAUGCAGAAGACUGUGCUGUUGAAACAGGCACUGUACGUACUGCCUGCCUCCCCAUGCCAGAGCUGCAGCUGCCUGCAUGGACUGAAUGUGAGAUCUCUGGUUAUGGCAGAAAUGAAGAAUUUUCUCCAUUUUAUUCAGAGCACCUGAAGGAAGGCCAUGUUAGAUUGUUCCCAGCCAGUCGGUGCACAGCACAGUAUCUAGACAACCGGACAGUUACAGACAAUAUGUUAUGUGCAGGAGACACAAGGCACCUUGAUGAUGCCUGCAAGGGCGACUCUGGAGGGCCUCUGGUGUGUCUGAAGGAUGAUCGUAUGUAUCUGAUUGGAAUCAUCAGCUGGGGAAUAGGCUGCGGCCGCAAAGACGUACCUGGUGUUUAUACAAAGGUGUCUCGUUAUCUUGACUGGAUUCAGGACACCAUGAAACUCUGAGAAAGAAAGAUGAACCCUUUGCAAUCUUGCGGCCAUGCCCUCACAGCUUCCUUCUGGGUGCUUUAAGUAUGCUGACAGGGCUUCCUGUUUGUCCAGAUGAUUCUAGUACAACAGAACGACAAACUGCAAUGUGUGGGAAGGGCAUGUUCUCAAAAUACUCUCCUUUCCUUAUUACAGGUUAUUAGAAGCUAAUCAUCCUUUUCUCCAACAUCACCAAACUUUCACUUUGCAUCAAAUCACAUAAGUACAAUAAAAAAUUAAUUCUGGCCCUGAGUGAAUAAACCAAGAGAGAACAUAAUGCAUCUUUUUAGCAGCUAUAUUGUUUUAGGAAUGGGUGGGAACUGAAGGGGAUAUUUAAUUUAAAGUUUUACAAAUACUUCUUUAUCCUUAAUUUUGUAAUAGAUCCUUAAUCUGGGAGAUUUACCAAAUCCUUGUCCAGUAGCUAGGAUCUAGUAUUCUGCAGCCUUACUUUAACUUGCAUUUCAUUUCUAAGAAGUUGCUGCCACCUAGCUCAGAGCAUUUAACUGCCUCUCCCUGGCUUCUUUACCCAUUACAUCCUUCCCUGAUUAAAAAGAAAUCCCUGAGAUAGUUUCCAUCUUUACAUCAACUUUUCCACUUCUUACAUGGCAUAUCCCUACUUGUCCUCUUCCAGCACACAGUAGCACCAUCUUAAGAAAAGGUCUUAGAAGAAUGAGUGCCCUCUGCCUGAUUGCUUUCAUCUAACUUAGCAGCUGAUACUGUCAUACUCAAGUUGUUUCAGAAACCCAGUCGACAUCAGCAUCUUUUGUAUCUGAAGUACAGAGCUGCACCUCAUAUUUCCCCCCAAGAAGUCCUUCCUAUGUCCAACUUUUAUCAUUAAUGUUGUUUCCCAUUUCCCCUUUCCGCCCUGCUUCAUCCUCAAUAGGAACUUGCAGCCAUCUCAGACUGGUACAUCACAAGGGCCUGAUACCUUUAUGUAUGUAAAAACUUUUCAAUAUCUCAAGUAACAUGAAUCACUUCAGCAGUAAAUAAAAGAUCCUUUAAAAAUCAAAGCUACAAAGCCAAAGGACAGUAUCAAUAUUUGAGGAGCAGAGGGGUGAUGAGGUAUUUAAUUGUCCACAUAAUCAAAGCUCUGCCCUUAGCAUGCUACCCAACCCAGUAAAUAAAAAUGGUUCAGCUGCAUUCCUAAGAACAUUUUUCACUUGAAGUUCUAGGAAAUGCUCAGCACUCCUUUAGGGAAACACUAAGAAAAAUUACCAAGAAAGGAAUUAAUUUUAGUUUUUCAGACAGCAACUUAGUCCCAGGUUUAC